AUGGCUUCUGAUAAAAAACGGCCUGAACUAUCACCAAUCCCAGAAGGUCGAGCCAAGAAUCUUCAACGCUAUGAAGGUUUUAGUUAUGGGAUGGCUACUAUGAAAUGGAUUCCGAAUGGACCGAAAUUGGGUAUGGGUAUCAAAGAUUUUCGGGUUAGUUGGCUUAAUAAUUUUUUCCAAAGGCGUGUCGUUCAGGAAACUGUAAUAGUAUCUCGUUGUAAUGCUGGAUCUCUCUCCGAAAGAUGUUUGGCUGAAGGGGAUCUUUUAAUCGAUGUCGAUGGUACUCCAGUCAAUGACAGAAGUGUUGCAAAAGAUCUACUGGUCAAAAAUAUUCAGGAAAAUGGAAAAGUGACAUUUGUUGUCGAACGUCCAGAUUCAAACUUGGCGAAAAGAUGGGUGGAUUAUAUGUUGACGAGAUAUCCUUUCAUAAAAAUCAAAUGA